UCUCGCCUUCUGAUAUACUUCAGCACACCAAGUAUUGCUGAACUGAGACUUUUAUCUUGUCUCUGGAGCGUUAUCUUAAGCUCUAUAUCAUUGCCACCAUGGAGCUACCUGGAUCCAAAGAACCCUCGGCGACUGAGCCUCCCAGCAGGCCCUCAGGGGCCUCUGGUAGCCAGUCGCCCACUUUGGAUUCCGCUUCCAUGUCGCCCCCUUUCUCGCCUCCUCGCUCCCCCUGGGUUGUCCGGACUCCCUUGGGCGUCGGGGCUCCCUUGACCUUCGGGUCCAUCGAUGAAACUUGCAACAAUGGUUUCAUGAGCGGUGCUGCAAUUCAUCUGCACCUCUCAACAUCGCCCCCUUUUUCGCCCCCUCGCUCGCCGUGGGCCAUCCGGAGCCCCUUGAACUUGGGCUCCGAUGACGAGGUCCACGGCAAUGAUGCUAUUAGCGGUGGCACAACCCCGCAUAGCGAGGCUUCUGCGACAGGGGCGGAGUUCCAUUGGAACUGGGAGGAUGAUGGCGACAUGGAGGCCGAAUCCGACUCGGAUUCCGGCACCAUAACGCCAAGGGGUCCCCCAGGCUCUAUGACGCCUGUCUAUGACCCUUCUGCGUCCCAGAUAUCCACGUACUCGUUGACGAACCUGCCUGACGAUGACGCGCUCCGCAUCAUCCCAGCCGCGGAGGUGCGCGCCCAGGCGGUCGCCAUCCCAGCGGUGGUCGUCGCGAGACGGCAGGGGUACCCGCACCGCUUCAACAAUUAUGAAGAGCUGCCCCUGGUCAACGCGCACCCGCUCAUCGAGCAGCCGCUGACGCCCGAUGGGCCGUACGUCGCGGGCUCGCCGCCGGGUCCGGCUCGCAUCAUCACCAAUGAGCUGGACCGCAGCACCCCGGAGCCGGUCUACCAUGACCCGACCAAGCCUAUCCCGCCGGGCAGUACGAACCACCCGUUUUCCAAGGCGGAGUUCCGGGGGAGGGACCGGACGCAGCCGACGGGCUUGGAGGGGGGUUUUGAGGACAUGGACGUCUAAAGCUGCCUGGUCGAGGUCGGUUCAGGGGCGGUGUUUGGGGUCAAGGAUGGGCAGAUUGAAUAUGUGAUGGCUUUGGCUCGUGGAAUGUGGUUUCUUUUAUUGGUUUAAUCAUCUUGGAUUUAUGGUUUAGACUUUGGGUUUCAUGUUGUUUCGUUGGAUAGGUGGAGGCCGGAGGCCGUCUGCUGGUCAGAUGAGGGCUCGUUAGAUGAAUGGCAUACGGGAAGCUAGCUUCCUUGUUUCAUUAUAGAUGAUCAAUAGAGACCUUACCACUUGGG